AUGGGCCCAUCUGACACAGCUAAUGGCACUGAUGACAUGGCCUAUGGGAACAAGGGUCAUUCCCAUGGGCAUCGGAAGAUUUUUGGGAACAACAGUGUGGGCCCUUACAAACCUGAAUUUACUGAUGACAUCACCAAACACCUGAGUGUGCAGAUUAUUCUCAUAAUGGCAUACUCUCUCAUUAUCCUGUUGGGCCUGGUCGGCAAUGCUCUAGUCAUUUACAUGAUCAUCCUGUAUAGAAACAUGCGUACUGUUACCAACUACUUCAUUGCGAACUUGGCCUUGGCAGACCUGAUGGUGGACACAUUGUGUCUACCCUUCACGCUGGUCUACACGCUGAUGGAUGAGUGGAAGUUUGGAGCAGUGAUGUGCCACAUGGUACCAUAUGCCCAGGCUCUCAGUGUCCAUGUGUCCAUCAUGACCCUCACUGUAAUUGCUCUUGAGCGCUACCGUUGUAUAGUUUUUCACCUUGGACAACGCCUCUCCAGAUGUGCCAGCUUUGUUAUCAUAGGCCUCACGUGGACAUUUGCAGCCAUACUGGCUGGACCAUUGGCCAUAUUUAGAGAGUACAGAUAUGAGGAGAUCCCCUACAUCAACCUUCGGAUUGCCGUUUGUUCUGAGAAGUGGCCCCACGGCAGCAACUGGGAUGGAAUCAUAUAUAGUCUGUCCAUGCUCCUUCUGCAAUAUGUGUUGCCACUAGGCAUCAUUAGUUAUGCUUAUGUGUGCAUCUGGAUAAAACUUAAGAACCAUGUCAGCCCUUCCAACCGUAACGAUAGCAUCCAACGCCGCAAGAAAACCACCAAGAUGCUGGCUCUAGUGGUGGUGGUAUUUGCCGUUUGCUGGCUGCCUUUCCAUGUGUUUCAGCUGGCCAGUGAUCUGGACCUGGUGCUAAAAUUUGAGGAGUACAAGCUGCUCUAUACAUUGUUUCAUAUUGUAGCCAUGUGCUCAACAUUCACCAAUCCCCUGCUCUACGGCUGGAUGAACAAGAAUUACAGGAAUGGCUUUCUCAUGUUUUUUCGCUGUGAGCACAAACCUGACACAAUCCAUCCAGAAGGUUCCUUCAGGACUCGAUCUCUGAGAGGUUUGAUUGUGAAUGGACCAAAUGAUGGACAACCAGCAGCUGCUGUCUGA